AUGUCUAUGAGUUGGGCCCGGCCAGAGGGCUUCAUUUACGUCGCAGGCAAUGUUGUCCCUUCCCAGGCAAUGGGCAAAAAACCCUCUGGUGUGGCGGAUCCAGCCUUGACAAGACUGCACGUCUAUCUUACCACAGGCCAGUUCCAUUGCCUCAUCAGUGCGGUGCCUGGGAACAGCAUUGAUAACAAGAGCAUCCAGGUGGGAGGUCAGUUGCCAGGCAGUGUGCAGACGGGGCCCCACCAGCCUAACCAGCAGCUCCUCCUGACCCCGGCCAGCCUCCAGCUUGCUCAGCUCCAGGCCCAGCUCACCCUACAUCGCCUCAAGUUGGCUCAGGGAGGCAAUACAGCCACUGCAGCUACUGUUCUCAAUCAGGUUCUUUCCAAUGUUGCCAUGUCCCAACCCCUGUUCAAUCAGCUACAGACUUCAGCAAUAGUUGGGAAUCCCCAGGGUACCUUACCCACAGGGGUGAUAGGUUUUCCCACCUCAAAUUCAGCUUUGGGAACUUUGGCGGGUGGAGGAUUCAACCAAAACCCAGGGAAUAUGAGACUGAACCAUUCUGGUGGAGGUGGCGCUGUGGGCCAACAGGGCACGGAGUAUGGUAAAAAGUCAGGGUCACCUUACCCUUGUGAUACUGACAGGUGUCUACAGUACAACUUAUUUGGAGGGACAUCUGCGGCAUCAUCCACUACCAGUGAUGGACAGUACACAGGAAUUAAUACUCAGGCAAAAAGCAAUGUUGGUUUUCAGAGAAAUUUCUACGGGCAAGACAGACAUGAACAGCAAGCUGGGGUAAAUGUCAAUGAGCAGAAUGUGAAUGUUUAUAACACCACUGGGCAUAAGGAGCAAUGGAAAGGCACCACUAACUUGGGUCACACCGGAAAGGUGGAUAUGGUUCCUAAUGCUGCAGCUGUGUGGACAUCAGCUGGGCAGCUGAUCCGGUCCAGAACAGAGCUGUAUAACCCAGAGGAACCAACCCCUGACCCCAAGUUCAUUCCCAGUGCUGGGGUUUCCUCUUUUGGCUCAAGUGGUAUACAGGGGUUUGUGGGCUACCACUCCCCACAUGGACGUGAGGAAGCUAUAUCUUCAGGCACCAAGACACUUCAGCCACAUCAAGUCAAUGAUUACCACGCUGUCACACCCACUCAACUGCCACACCAGUGUAGCAUCUGUGACAAGAAGGUCUACAACCUCAAGGACUGGGACCAGCAUGUGAAGGGAAAACUGCACCUACAGAACCGAACGCUGUACACACAUGAAAGUACCACUGUGCUAUCAGAUGGAACUGCUCACUACGCUGUCUGUGGGCCUUCCGAUGGAGGUCUGAACCCCGGAGGGACGAACUCCGUGGUUUACUCUGCUGCAAGUCAAGAUGUAUCCUCAGGAACCAAUACAUCAUACUUGCCAGCUGCAGCCAUGAAGACUUAUCCCGUGUCAGACACAGGAUUUGCCUCACACCAGCCAGAGUCAAAGCCACUUACAGCCAGAAAGGCAGCCGCAGGGCGAGUUGUUCACAUCUGUAACCUCCCUGAAGGCAGCUGCACAGAGAAUGAUGUCAUUAACCUGGGAAUACCUUUUGGCAAAGUCACCAACUACAUCCUCAUGCGCUCUACCCAUCAGGCAUUUCUGGAGAUGGCUUAUGUUGAAGCAGCUCAAGCCAUGGUUCAGUAUUACCAACUUGCUCCAGCUAUGAUUAACAAUCAAAAACUUCUCAUACGAAUGUCUAAGAGGUACAGGGAGCUACAACUGAAGAAACCAGGCAAAGAUGUUCAAUCAAUCAUACAAGAUAUCACCUCUCAAUGGGAAAGGAAUGAGAUUCAAGAACUUGAACACUAUGUGCCAGAAAGAGCACGCUCCCGCAGUCCACUCAACCGCUCUCUCAGUCCGCAUUCCCACAGUCCCAGUUUUACAUCAUGCAGCUCAGCCCCCAGUCCCCAGGGGCCACCAUGCAGGGGUCUGGAGAGAGGUAGCAACGACCUGGGACCCCGCCGAGACUCUUGGGAUUGGUCAUCACACUUAAGAAGGAGUGAGGACAAAAGGGAGAGGGAUGAUCCAUGGAGGAACGAGGGAAGUGUGGAUGACAAUCGGCCUAAUGGACGGGCGGCUGACCGUUGGAAGGCCUACCAGAAACCUCUAGAACAUAUCAGCUCGAGAUCUGCAGAUGAGCGAGGAGGAGGUGAAGGGCUGAGGGACAACAGAGACUGGCAUCCACGUGGCAGCCCUCAAGGCAUGUUCUUCAGCUCUUACAGGACCAUGGAGGAUGACUUCUACAUGAAGGAACAGAUGUACAAGUCAGACAAGCCACCCAGACCCCAAUACCAAAGGCACGAUACAAAGCCAAAGAGGAGGGAGGGAGGUGACUACCACGGUAGAUUGAGGCAUUCUGAGUUUGAAAUGACUGAGGAGCUGGUUCGCAGAACACCAGAGGAAAAAAGACACAUUUCACCUGGCAUGGGCAGGAGCAGAAGGCACACUACAGCCGAGAAACACGAGCACGGAAACACUACUGAAAAUACUAAAUGCCAGCCGAAAGAAAAAUCUGUUUCCCCUCUGCAAAAAAAGAAGUCAAAAGAGGCUAGUAAAGAUAGAGACACUGAUAAGGAAUGCAGAAGUGGAGAUGACACUGAUGAGGAGUGUUGGUAUCCUAAAAACAUGGAAGAACUGGUCACUGUAGAUGAAGUUGGAGGGGAAGAUGAGUCCAUUUUUGAGCCAGACCUUCUUGAGCUGGAAGAGUAUGCAUCCUGCCCCAAAGAAUCUGCAGAGGAAGAAGUGCUAGAGGAGCACAUAUCACCUCCUACCUCCUCAAAGGAGGUGCAAGAGACAUUGUACAAUAAGUCUAACCAGGAAAUGUCCUGUGGGGGAUCUGAGGAGCAGGUAGAAACAUCUACAACUGAGAAAGCAGGGAAUAUUUUGACUGUAACCAGUCCUGAAGAACAGAAACUUAAUCCAGUGGCUGCUGAGCUACUGAUCACUAACCUUAGUGAGGCAGUCAAAUGUGCACUGGAAGGGACAUGUUUAGAAGAUAAAGCAGCCAACAGUGGGCCACCAGAAGACCAAGAGAGAAAUCACAUUAGAGUAUUAGAGGACAGCAAAACCCAAAAAGUAGGAGACGACAUUGAAAUAGUUGCUAAUGGGGCACAACACAAGGGUGGCGUUCUUAGAAAAGAGACUGAGGUCCUCUUGCCAUCUCGUGAGCAAGACAAAGCUGUCAGUGAACACAACAUCCCACUGGGAGUGGAGUUCAUCGAGCCAACGACUUCCUUCUACUGUAAACUCUGUGGACUCUUCUAUACCAGUGAAGAAACUGCAAAAACGACACACUGCCGCAGCACAGUGCACUACAGGAACCUGCAGAAAUAUUUGUCUCAGCUGGCAGGGGAAAGUCUGUUGGGCACACGUGCUGAUCCCUCAGCUGCACAGUGACAGCUUGAC